UAGCGCUUUCUUGGAUACUGUUGCCAUGGGCUGAGUUGGAAAAAAAAACAUAGCAGAUCAUUUGUCCCCAUUUCUUCUAAGAAAAAAAAAUAAAGUAAAAAUAAUUAGUGGUGCUGUUAAAAUGACGACGGUUCUGCCUCCGCAGAAGGAGGCUCCGGCUGAAACUUACACUUUUGCCAGCCGCCCCAGAGCCAUACACAGCCGGAGCAAGUACCGUGAAUCCGCGGCGGAGCAAAACGAUGGGCCGGCCAGUUACGGGAACAUCAUGUACGACAGGCGGGUGAUCAGAGGGAAUACGUACGCGCUGCACACUCUGCCUGCGACCGCCCCGCUGGACCCUGCAGAGACUCAGAGGCAGCUGGAGGCCCGCAGGAGAGCCGUCGCCCGCAAACGAGCUAAAGAUCAGCAGCGGGCCGCGGCGCCGGAGCCGGUGGAGGGCAGGAAGCACGCGGACAUCCAGACCGACCUAUACCUCGAGGAACUGAGUGACCGGAUCGAGGAAUCCAAUGCGGGAUGCCAGACCGAUGCCUUUCUGGAUAGACCAGCGACUCCACUCUUUAUUCCAGCGAAGACUGGCAAAGACGUGGCCACACAGAUCGAGGACGGAGAGCUGUUCGACUUUGACCUGGAGGUGCACCCCUUGCUGGAGGUGCUGGUGGGGAAGACUAUGGAGCAGGCCCUGCUGGAGGUGAUGGAGGAGGAAGAGCUGGCCAGCCUGCGGGCGCAGCAGCGUGCCUUUGAGGCCCUGCGGGAUGCCGAGUUGGUGGAGGCGCAGAGGCUGGAGGAGAGGGAGCGACGGCGGCGCGAGGAGAAGGAGCGAAGGAUCCGGGAGCAAAGGGAGGUCUUGCAGAAGGAGAAUGAGCUGGCGGAGAAGGUGGCCGCUCGCGCCUUUGCUCAGCAACAUCUAGCAGAGCUGCUGCCGUCCGUCUACACCGUGCUGCAACAGCAGGGCUUCUUCUACGACCCCACGCAGAGAGACGUGGAAACUGGGUUCCUGCCAUGGCUGAUGGAAGAAGUGAGUAGCGCAUUGGAAAGACGAUGUGCGGCCAGGACUGUUUUGGACAUGCUCAUCAAAGAUGUGACAACUCAGAGAGUAGAGGCCUUCCACCAGGGGGCAGAUUUGUCACCUGAUUCAAAGUGAGCGAUUACGAAAGACAGAUUCUGUAGACGGUGAUUUUAUAGCAGGCUUUAUGGAAGUGUCUUCAAAAAAUAAAGGAAAUCACACCUAUUUUAA